AUGGGCGUUUCCCUCUCAGCUGUCCUUGACGAGGCGCGCACCUCAGGGUCGCACAGGGAAGGCGCUGUCUCAGGCUCACGUCUCGCACAGGAAGGCCUUGGCUUCCAGAACGUUUUGACCGCCCGCGGCGGCGGUGGCGGCGCGCCACACUCUUGCACCUACGUAGUAGUGCUGACGACGGCUGAUGUAGAAGCUUCCUUUGCUUCGUCCAUGGCGCCCGCGAUCACCCUCCGUCCGCGAUCGCCCCCAAACAGCCUUGGCCCUCCGCGUGAGCCUUUUCUUGACCUGGGGUCGAUGGCACCGAGGCAUUCAUCCGUCGAGCCGAGCCGGUCAGUGCUGAAAAGGUCAGUCUCGCCGCAUUCUCCUCCAUGA